GGGCUCCCCGGAGGGAGCUCGGGGCGUCCCCGUCCCGGAGGCGGGACCCGGAAGCAGAAGCGGAGCCGCGAAUCGAGCCGAGCCGCUGCCCCCGCUGCCCGCCGGCGCCGGCUGGGGGUCCCGGCGGCUGGAUGGGCGGCGGCGGCGCGGGCCGCGGGCGGCGAUGGGCGAGGAGCAGAGCACGGUGAGCGGCGGCGGCGGGGCCCCCGAGGCGCGGGCGCCCGCCGCGGGCGCCACGGCCCCCACCGGACCCCCGAGAGCGCCCCGGCGGGACAGCGCCGGGGCGCCCGGGCCUCGAGCCCUCCCGGCCGAGACGGCCGGCGGGGGCUGCGGAAGCGACGCGGGCUGCGCCGACCCGAGCCGCGUCCCGGAGCCCGCGAGGACCCGCGGGGGCACGGGCUGGGGGCAGAGCCCGGCGGCCCCGGGGCGCGAGCGCGUGCAGCUGGCACUGGCCGAACCCCUGAACCCGCAGGCGUUGCAGCUGCAGCUGGCCGAGGAGGCGGCGGCGGCCGAGACCCGGCACCCGCGCGACGACGGGGAUGAUGAAGCCCCCGAGGCGCCCGGCGCCGGGGCCCGGGACCCCGGACUGGGCUUGGACGUGCUGGGGCCGCGGCGGCCGCCCCCCGCCCCGAGGCACGUCUUCUGCUCCGUGUACUGCGUGGAGAAUGACCUGCCCGACGUCCCCGCCACCCCGCGGCCCGCGUCGCCGCCCCCUCGGGGGUCGCCUGUGACCCACCCGCCCGGCACUCCAGCUUCCUUGCCCAGCCCCCCGGCGGACCCUCUCGCCCCCGACGGCGGCAGCAUCGAGCUGGAGUUCUACCUGGCACCCGAGCCUUUCUCCGUGCCCAGCCUGUUGGGAGCGCCCCCCUACUCCGACCUGGGUGGGGUCGGGGACCCCUAUGCGCCCCUCAUGGUGCUGAUGUGCCGGGUGUGCCUGGAAGACAAGCCCAUCAAGCCCUUGCCCUGCUGCAAGAAGGCCGUGUGCGAGGAGUGCCUCAAAGUCUACCUGAGCUCCCAGGUUCAGCUUGGCCAAGUUGAAAUCAAAUGCCCUAUCACAGAAUGUUUUGAAUUCCUGGAAGAAACCACAGUCAUCUAUAACUUAACACACGAAGACUCCAUCAAAUAUAAAUACUUCUUGGAACUUGGCCGUAUUGAUUCUAGCACCAAGCCAUGUCCUCAGUGCAAGCACUUUACAACCUUCAAGAAAAAAGGACAUAUCCCCACCCCUUCCAGAUCGGAGAGCAAAUACAAAAUCCAGUGCCCCACUUGCCAAUUUGUCUGGUGUUUUAAGUGCCACUCUCCUUGGCAUGAAGGUGUUAACUGCAAGGAGUACAAGAAAGGAGACAAAUUGUUGCGUCACUGGGCCAGCGAAAUUGAGCAUGGACAGAGGAAUGCCCAGAAGUGUCCCAAGUGCAAGAUCCACAUCCAGAGAACUGAAGGAUGUGACCAUAUGACAUGUUCACAGUGUAACACUAAUUUUUGUUAUCGAUGUGGGGAGAGGUAUCGCCAGCUCCGUUUCUUUGGAGACCACACAUCAAACCUCAGUAUAUUUGGAUGCAAAUAUCGCUACCUCCCAGAGAGACCUCAUCUAAGGAGAUUAGUGCGAGGGUCAGUCUGUGCUGGAAAAUUAUUCGUUGCACCUCUAAUCCUGGUUUUGGGAUUAGCACUAGGGGCCAUAGCAGUUGUUAUCGGUUUAUUUGUAUUUCCUAUCUAUUGCCUUUGUAAAAAACAGAGAAAACGUUCACGGACAGCUAUGCACUGGUGAAAUUUGCAACAGCUUUCAUCUGCCUGAGCUGGUUGGAGUGGGAGCCUUACAGAACGGGGCACUGUCUGAAAGCCAAAUCUUGAAAAACACCGAGAGGAAUCUUCUGUAUCUCGCCUCCCUGUGGUUCUCUGCAGACCACAAUGCCUCUAGCACCGGUGCACUCCCAACCUUGAUAUCCUGUCCUUUUCUUCCACAGAUUGCUGCUUCUAAUGAAAACGGUCACUUUCGUAGACUAUAAACAUCUGUAUCAUAACUCUGACUUUCUUAACGGUUCUUGGAAGAAAAUAGUUUAACUAGGAACCACUUAUCCUCUGAACUCUCUGAGCAUUGCUUGGACAGUCUUUGUACUUGCACCUCCCUCCAGGCCAUCUUCUGAGACUAGGUGUGAGUAGCAGAAGUCCCACCUGUACCAGCAAACAGAGAGAGCCACUUGUAAGAAGAUAAAGGCUCAUCAUUUGCACCUAUUUUCAUCUGUGCCCCAAGCAGUUUAAUUCCUUCAUCCUUCAGAUGUUAUGCUUGUUAAACAUGCCCAAAAGGGAACUAAUGAAACUAAAUUAAUGAGAAGAAUCUUGAGUUACUGAAGUGUUUAUGUGUGGGGUAUAAAUGUGUGUAUAUAAAUAGCUAUAUUAAACUGAGGCCCGAUAACCUUGCACUUGUCAAGUUCCAUGCCUUUACACAAUAUUUCCAUGGUUUUGUGGCCAUAGUUAAAGAUGAUGUUUCCUUUGUGGGCAUAACCUGUUAAUAUAAAGAAUUCAAACCAAUGUAGGCACAGGCUAUUUCAAUGUUUAUCCUUUCUAUUUCUUUCUCUCCCUCCUUUUCCUACAUACACGCAGAGAAAUUCAUGCAGUGUCACUUCAAGGAUUAUCCAACUAUAAGGCUAAAAAUGAGAGAUGGCUUUUAGGAAAUUCUUAAGAUAUAAAUGUUCAGUCUUCGUAUUUCAUGUAUUUUAGCAUACCUGCUUAAAUAUAUUAAAUAAAUCCUUCAGACUAGAUAAAUUUAAGCAAAAAGGUUAAUUUGGUUAACCUUUUAAACAAUCCCUCUUUUGAUAUUGUUUCUAAACCAAUUUACUGUGGCAGAUAAUUCUGUACUAGGUCAAGGUGUAAUAUUCAAUAACCCACUUUCCCAGCUUUUUUUUCUUUCUUGUUUUUCCUGAAAACAAAUGCUAGUUUUGAAAUUUAUUUUCUUAUGCUUACUGCUCAAAUGCAUAAUGUGUUGGUUUCUUCCUUUGGGGGGAGAUAUAUAUAUAUUGAAAACAAGAUGUUUUCAAAAUAUAUAUGCAUAUAAUUUGUUCAUGGGCUUAUCUAAAACAUAAUUUUAGGAAAAGAAAACAAAAGUAGUGAAGGAAAUAUUUUCAGAAAGUUUAUCAAAUUGAUGUCUUUUAAAAUACAAGAAAAAGCAGAUAACACCUCUUUCCUGUUUCCAUCACAAAAGUUGAUAACAGAAAGGAUGUAAAGACCCUAAGAAGCCUAAUGUCUCCAAUUGUUUCCUAAUCCUUGAAAUUAAUUGUUUGCCAUAGAUGUAUCAUCUGUCUUCAAUCUUGUCAGACUUGAAAUAUAUUGUGAUAAGACAUGCAUUAACAUGGAUCAUUUGUUUUAGUGGGCUCCAGACUCUAGGAAUAUUUAUCAUUUUGUUUUACUUUAGAAGGCCAUGAUAGUGGAAGUUUACUUGCAUGGAUAACUAGCCAGCACAUGUGCAUUUUUCUGAAUCAUGCUCAGAAUCAAUGUACUACAGCUUCUGUGCUAGUCUUUUUCCAGAUAGACUAGGGUAUGCGCUUAAUCACUCUGGAAUGGUGUAUUUCUAAACCAUGAUGUGGUGCAAGAAAGAGUAAUGCUCUAGCUUCACAAGUUCAUCUUUUCGUUUAUCCACCCAUCCAUUUGACAAAAUAUUUACCGAGUGCCUAUACUACAUGCUCUAGUACUAAAACUGAAGCAAGACUUUCUAGCUAAACUCCAUGUAUUUCUGUUGUUAAGAGUGUUUAAUUUUGAUAAAUUCGUCCUCUCUGAUUUAGGCAUUAGUUUGACAAUAAUAUGAAUGUGGUGAUUACUAAAUUAGUGAAUAUGCUCAUAUGUGAUAUAUGUGUAUGUAUUUAUACAUGUUAGUGUAUAAAUAUGAAUACAUAUCCCACAUGUAUACAAAAUAGCUAAAUAAUAUAUUCUCUGGUCUUAGAGAAUCUAUUUUAUUUUCUUAGGUUAUUGUCAUCUGAUGUCUUUGGCCUACUCAGGGAUUUUUAUUCCUUUCUUUGAAUAACUUAUCUUUUGGAGAUAUUUUUAUAUUAUUUGGAAAUGUUCCAAUUUUCCAGUUACAGAGGAACGUCUCUUGUCAGUGAAGUCUGUUUCGUCAACGCUUGAAAUAGGAUGCACAGUGUUGCACAGGAUUUUCACUUUUCUAUUGUAGAGAUUUUCUUAAUUAACAUGCAUUUUUCUCUUAAAAGUUGAUAUAUAUAUAUGUAUGUAUUAGGCCUUCCCCCUUUCCCUGCCAGUGACUUGAAAUAAUUAUAUUUUUACAUCAUCAUCACGAUCAUAAAAAGAGGGGGAAGUUUUAAAAAAGUGUUAUUUAUAUGACAGUGCCAACAUUAAAGGUGUAAAACAGUUGUAAUAAAAUGGGGAUGGGAGUGGGGGGGUGGACAGAUUCUACAAACUACCUUAGAAAAAGAAGUGUACACAUAAGAUAAAUAUCUUUCUAGCUAAAUCUUAUCAUUUUUAUGUUUUUACUGUAAAUUUAAUAUAAACUCCAUUUAAAAAUCAAGCUUAUAGAAUUUUAAAAUACAAAUUCCUCUGUUUACCCUACCCCUUAUUUUUUUAGGGGUUACCUCUGUUACUAUUUGGUGUUUUUCCUUCCAGACACUUUCUACAAGCAUACAGAAAGUAAGUGUGUAUAUGGUACAUGUGUCUCUGUAUUAGUUUUAUACAAACUAAUAACAAUAUUAUGUCUUGUGACUUUUUUAUCUUAUUUUAUAUUGAUAAACACCUUUCCAUAAGAGUUUAAAUAGAUAUGUAUUAUUCUUUUAUAUAUUGCUCCAUAUUGUAUUGCAGGGCUGGAAUUAAAUUUGUUUUACAGAUUUAUAUUUGUAAAACAAAUUCCUAAUUUAUAUUUGUAAAUUUGUUCCCUAUUAAAUGGACAUCAAGAUCAGUUUCACUUAUUUGUUACAAAACAUCAGUGAAGGUCCUCUAAAUAUAUUUUGUCAUUUCAUGUGAAUGUUUUCGUAAAUUUUCAGAUUUUGAUUUUUAUAAGAUAAUCAUAAUAAAACGUUAGUGAAUUUCAGUGAAAAACAUUAUAAAGAGAAUGUAUUCAAACCUGUUUCUCAGUGAAAAGGGACAGUUCAUAGUGGAGGAAGUGGAUGAUUUUGUGUGUGUGUUAGACGGGGAGAGGGUGCUACCCAGUGAAGCCCAGAGGCCCUGAGCCUGCAGCCAGCUGUUCUUGGCCCUGGCAGUGCAGUAGUCCUGCUUGGGGCGAUAUUGUGAUCAGGCCCAAGAGUGCUGGGUCCCCAGGGCCACAGCCAAAAGUGAGCCAGGUCAUAUUGCUCAUCAAACUCAGGACUUCAUGAAGCACUCUCAGGUCUUAGAAGUGCCUGAUUUUUAAAGACACUCCUUUUGCAAGAUGAUUUCACUCCUGGUUGAUUAGCCAAAUAAAUAUCAGGCCAAAAUGUAUUUAAAAUUGUAUCGUCUUCCAGUAACAGUAAAACACAAUUAUGCAAAUACAUUCUACACAGUAAAUAUUCAUUGCCAUUGGAUUUCCGUAUGUUAAUCUUUGAGUGAUAGAAAUAAACAGCCAGGCCUCAUUAUCUGGCCUGAACAUUUAACAUCUGUCAUCACUGGGUCAAGCAUCACUGGGAGGCACCUCAUCCGCAAAAAAAAAAAAAAGAGAAAAAAAAGAAAGAAAGGAAGGAAAAGAAUAGUCAAUAAAUGAAAUAAUCAUGUUUGUGUUUGUCACAUUUUUAACACCAUUAUCCAUGUUCAUGCAUGUUGCUUCACAAAAGUACUUAAUUAGGCUUUUGUAAAAACAAAGAAGCGGUAUGUUGGCAAUUAUGAGUGUCAACAAAUAUCCAUAGAAAAAUAAGUUAGAUUCAUGGGAGGUCUGAUGGUUUGUUUGGGGAUACUUAAAAUGAUGGACUAACAUGAAGCAUUUAUUUUACCAUAAAUUCUGUUGGUUUCCUUGGAACUUUUAUUGGCAGACUUGAAAAAAAAAGAGGGAUAAACCUUUUGGUACAAGCAACAUUCUGUUGCCACCACCUGGAUUUUCUGAUAGGUGCUACUGUAUCUUAAAGGUAAAACAGACAGGAAAAUAAUCAAAGAUAGUUACUGUUGAAAUCUGAUUCAUUUAAUUGUACUGUAGUGUCAGGAUCCAGUGAUGCCUGUCAAGAAAUUUCCUGUCCUGUGCCACUCACCAUGUUGUGAGUCUCAAGGGUCCAGUUGAGCCUUUAUCUUUGAACCCUAACACCCAAAUAGAAUAUCUGGCUCAGGGCUUCCCCUAAACACCUACAAACCACUGUAACCCUUUCUAGUCCUUGGUUACCCACCCCAAACCAUUUUCUCCAUUCCCUGAUGCUCUUACUGUAAGCUCCUCUUCACACAGAGAGGGUGAGAGAGAGGAGAGAUGAAAAACUGUUGUAAUAUAAAAUCUCAUUUUUUCUGACCUUCCUUGCUGGCCUUUGUCUUUGCACGUGAGA